AUGGUGUCCGCUUACGUCAACACAGGCUACAGCGGAUUCUUGGUGAGAAAGGACACCCGGUCCGCACGCAAAUGAUGUUGCCUGGAGUCCUUGCCCAGAUAGGCUUCUCCUCGGGGCCUUCACUUCCGCUUACCAUGAAAAGCACAUACUUCAAGGUGCCGAGCAUCGCCGCCUUACUGCUCUCUGUACCGCGCCAAAACUGGAAUGCACACCGAGUCUCUGCAUCAUUAACAGCAAGUGCACUCCUUCUGUUUGUUUCUCAAUAAACAGAAUCGUUUGCUUGGCAACAUGUCCCCGCGAGCACCGUGGCCGACCCCUCGUUGAACGCAAUCACUUCUUGCUCCAAGAAAGAUUCAAAAACACGUGACAAACUACCGUACGUGUUUCCCUUCGCUCGUUCUGCAAUGUCUGCACAGAAACACACACCACAAACCUCCCCAUGACACUGCCUCACGGGGUCCCAGACCAUGGUAGCUUCAGAAGCACUUUGUGUUUUCAACCACAACGAGACAGACUGACGUGUUUUCAUU